UGGUGCGGACAGGGGAGGAUGGAGCGCGAAUCAAAUGCAAUGCAGCCGAUGUGUAGAUCUGGAUGUGGGUUCUACGGUAAUCCGGCACAGGAUGGAUUAUGUUCAGUUUGCUAUAAAGAUUUGCUCAGAAAGAAGCAACAACCACCGGUUAGCAGUACGCCUUCCAGCAACAAUGCACCUCAACAACCUGCAUCUGGCCAGUCGGUAACAGCGUCCUCAAUUAGUAUCCGUCCCGCCGUGACGCCGCAAAGCUACACCAGCAGCAUUGGUAGUAGCAGCACAACAACCACAUCAGCCUCUGCAUCUGCAUCGGUCGCGUCGCCAUCGGCGUCGUCCUGUGCCGCUUCCGCCAACAAUCCGGUAGUCUCCGCUACCUAUACAGCACAACCGACCGUGCACAGUGCCCUAUUCUGCUCGGACAAGGACAAAAUUAACACUGAGGACAGUGGUAGCCUUGGAGGACAUAGUAAUAACAGUUCCAUAGCUGAUAACGAAGACAAAGAUGGUGAUAAGGAUGAUGCCAAGAAGAAGAAAAACCGUUGUGCAACUUGCCGUAAGAAAGUAGGACUAACCGGAUUCGAGUGCCGGUGUGGUGGACUGUUCUGCGCGAUACAUCGAUACAGCGACAAGCAUGAAUGCUCGUUCGAUUACCGGGAACUCGGUGCUGCAGAAAUUAGGCGUAAUAAUCCCGUCGUGGUUGGCGAAAAGAUUCAGAAAAUUUGAACACCCAUCGUGCCAUCGUAUCGUAAUAGUUCGUCA